UCUUACCGCUAUAAUUUUUUUUUCUGAAUACAACUUCAACUAUAGCCUAUAGUCAGAUGUAGAGUCUACUUCUACAGUGUUUUAUAUAGUUUGCAACCAGAUUUGAGUUUCUCAUUCUGAAGUUUUCUAAAGUAAUUGCAAAGUACUUGUUUACUUUUUACUUUUUUACACUUUAAAAUGUGUGUUGGAUUGUGAUCAAAUAAUAUGUUUAGUCUACCUCUUUAUUCAACUUGUAUAUUUAUUGGCUUAGCCUGGGUACAAUCCUUAGCAUCUGGGCCGGCCACCUCGUGCCUGCCCGCGCAACAGUGCUCGGCACUGACGACGCCCGGAUCUGCUCCAUCUACGGCCGCCUGCGCCACUCAGCGCCCUUCCUCACCCCGGGACCGGGUCAGCACCCUGGGACUCAGGUCUCCUCGACGUGGAGCUGCCUCCGGGGAGGCCCGGCUGGGAGCCUCCCACCCGACUAACCACGGUUAGUUUUUGAAAAUAUUUCAUAGACAUGUAAUUGAAUUGAGCUUGCCAUGGUAUUCCUUUCUGCCCACACUUAUUUUUUGACUGCAGGUUUUUCUAAUUCUGAAGUGGACGCACUGAAGGGUGGGCUUAAAGGAUAAGGCCAGUUUCUGAUCAUAGCACAGCCUUAUGUCCAGUAAACACAGAGCAGAGGCAAGUCAGCGAUACUGCUGGAGGCUGGGAGGGUGGGGCCAAGCUGUCGGGCUGGUUGCCAGGAAGCAAAACGGGACAUAAUAGGGUCUAGGAGUUUGGGGGUAGGGUUGUCUGACCACCCAGCUUUGCUUCCCCAAGCGGGAACCACCACAGCCGGUCAGAAUAUCUCCAGACCUUCCCUUGGCACAGCCGGGGCCCCACAAGCCCAUCCCCAGGGCAUUCUUCGCCAACGCUGUUCAAAUCCCCUCCCCACCCUAAAACUCCAGGAAACUCCCUUUCCAAUUUCUGGGUCCACAGCUAUUGACACCCUUGGAAUAGGAGGCAGGAGACUGCCUCAGAGCUUGUUCCGGCCCAGUGCCAGCCUGGGAAACUGUUUGUUUUCCCGGUGCCCAGGGAUACGCAAUGGGCCCUAGGCCCGGGCUCUCAGUCCUGCUGGUCCUGAGCCGAGCGUGGAAAGUGGGUCUUCUGCGAAUUCUGUCCACAGGUGCUGCAAGCCGCAGGCGCCUCCGCCGGUGCCAUGGGCUCAGAAGGCUGGGUCGGCACUUGGCGACCUCAUCGGCCCCGCGGCCCCAUCGCAGCGCUCCACAGAGGCCCGGGGCCCAAAUACAAGCUGCCGCCGAACACCGGUAGCAGGGCGGACGCCUGGGAGGAAGUGGGAAGGUGGGACAGCGCUGUGGGCCUGGAGUCCAGGGCUGGGGGGCUGUGCCCAGAUCAAAGAGCGAGGCCGAAAGACGAAACGGCUACAUCCUGCACGACCCGUCUCGGCCACGCGCCCCCGCCUUCACCUUCGGCACGCGCCUCGCCACGCAGCAGACAUCCUGUGGCCCCGGGCCCGGCCACCUGGUGCCAGCCGGCAUGACAGUGCGAGGCACCGACGGCGCUCCGGCCUACUCCAUCUACGGCCGCCUGCGCCACUCGGCGCCCUUCCUCACCCCGGGACCGGGCAGGUACUUCCCAGAACGUGCGGGAAAUGCGACACACCCUAGCGCUCCGCGCCAUACCAUCGCUCCACGAAACUGGGGCGUUCUCUCAAAGCAGGAGACCCCAGGCCCCGGGUCCUACACUGUGCCUUCGCUCUUAGGCCCGCGUGUCAUAGGCAAAGUCUCAGCCCCAACAUACUCCAUCUAUGGCCGCAGCGCUGUGGGCAGCUGCUUCGAGGACCUCAGCAAGGUGGGGAAGGGUCUGUUCGCUGAGCAUCCCGGGUGGUCUAAGGGGGUCAGCAGCCGGAAAUGGGAAUGGUGGCGAACACCUGGUGUUACUGGGGACGCUGAGGCAGGAGGGUUGCGAGUUCGAAGCCGGUCUGGAGUACACAGUGAGCGCCUAGCUCAAAACAAAAGGGGGACGGGCAGUAGUCCACGAGGAACGGAGGCUGGCCCCAGCACCUUUCCUACCUUCCUACAGACCCCAGGCCCCUGCGCCUACCAUGUGGUGAACCCUGGGGUCUACAAGGCCCGAGCCCCCCAGUUCACCAUGCUGGCACGGACUUCACUGCCUCAAGACAGCACUUUAAAUCCAGGACCCGCGGCUUACAACGUGGACGAGGUGGUCUGGAAUGCAGGGCCAUGGGGCAGGGGCAGGGGUUCUGAGGUCCGAAAUAUGAGUCGGGGUCCCUGGGGAAUAAGAGCCAUGAGAAGCCCAACACCAGGCUCUGCAAGGUCAGCUAAAUCUCCUGGGCCCGCAGCACCGGAAGCCACGAGGCUGGAGCUUCGGGAUCCGGCACUCAGACUACCUAGCCCCAAUGAUGACUUCCAUGGACAACUGACGCCGGGCCCGUCGGCACUUACUGGCCCACCGCUGUUUGCUUAAAAGCUUCCGAAGCCAGUCUUGUGU